AUGAUGGGUAUGGUGUCAUAUCCCAAUCGCCGAGAGGAAGAGAUCAAAGAGAAGGAAAAGCAAGUACCAGGACUUCGUGUCUUCCGGGAGUUUGUGUUUGCUCCCUCCGCGGACCGAGAUCAACUCGGACCGACACCUUCAUUCGAUGAUGCCUCCGACCUGGUCAAGGAGGCGCUCCAUUGUCAGGGCACGAAGCGGUCCGAAUCUGGAUGGAACAUGGCGGUCCAUUAUCCUCUCCUUCGCAAAGCUAUAUGUGACUCAGCAAGACCAAGUCAGUUAAUAGGUUUUGAACCAUGCACAACCGCAAAAAUCAUUCGGGAGUAUCUACCCCCUGGUGCAACAGGAAAAAUGGUGGACUUUUGCAUAUACGUCAACCCGGAAGCGGAGCCAGUUGCUUGCAGUGAAGCAGAGAAGCUCACACGGACGCUCCCCGCCCAAGUGAUCAACCACACAGACGAAUAUGCUCUCCGAAAUUGGCCUAUUGCCGUGAGCAUCGAGACUAAACGACAAGGUGAAGAACGCCUCGCAGCCGCGGAGCUGCAGUUAGGCACUUGGCACACUGCUCAAUGGAGAUUGCUUGAACGUCUCGUCGCUCAAACUGGCGGUACGUUUGAUGGACUGCCUUUCCUGCCCGCUAUCGUCGUGCAUGGGCACAUGUGGAGCUUUGCGGCGACGACAAGGGAGGGCGAGACUACCCUACUAUGGCUGGAGCAAGUAUUUGGGUCGAGUAGUAAUAUCCUUGGGGUAUACAAGACAAUAUGGAGCCUGCAACGUCUCGCCAAAUGGGCCAGCGACGUGUACUGGCCAUGGAUUCGGGAGAAUGCCUUAGGCGUCUCUGAGGAUUGA